AUGACAAUUUGUGGAAACGAGCCCCUGCCACCAUCCGCCUUGCCAUUGAAAACAAGACCAUUAUCAUUUAUGCCAAAACAUGAAUAUGCUUGUCUUGUAGGAUAUUAUCAAGCUGCGUACAAGAAUCCACAGAUCUCAGGUUGCAAAGAUGUAAUUGAUGACUCACCUUUCGUCAAUGACUGGAUCGAAAUGGUGAAGUCUGUUGAUCUUCUUGGGCAAAGCUACAAAGGGUACAUUGGCACGAAUGGCCGCGGAUCAUACAUACAAGCAUAUUUCACUGAACGAACUGAGUCGGAACAUGCGUAUGUUGGAGAGAUUCAGUAUCUUUUUGUUCACAAUUUUAGACCAACUGUUUCUUCUCUAACAUACAGAAAUCCCCAUAGUAGUCAGCAUGUAUUUGCAUUUGUCAAAUGGUUCAAAUCCACUUUGGACAAAACAAGAGAAUUAGAAGGAGUUGAGUUGUUACAAGAUGAAUUCUACAAGCAAGAUUUUCAAAGCAUCAUGCCAGUACAUCGGAUUCUCCUAACAGUUGCAAUAGUAGAUUACAAAACUAUAAAAAAUGUCAACAAAAAACUCGCAAUUCCUUUACCAAAAAAAAUUUACUAUUAA